UACUUCAUAUCAAGGAAUAUUUUAUAUAGGAAAACUGUGACUCCGACAGUGAAUGUGUCGUUUCAGUCAAGCCUUAGUCCGAUAGAACACUUCAGAAUGUCAGAGAAGACUAAGUUGACCGAUAGUGGCGUCGUCAUGGAUCCGUCUGCGGCGUUUAAUCUAUAUAUCGGAUCGAGCACAAAUUCAAAUACUCGACAACACGCCCAUGAUGCGCAUGCCCAGCAAAUCACAAGACAACAGGUGGCACUAAAGAAGUACAAGAAGUGUGCAACUGCGUCAGUUACAUUGGCUGUACUGGCUUUUCUAGUUUUAGCCAUCGCUGUCUUGCUGGAAAUCUUGGUCCGGUUGUCGGUGUUAGAAUCUUCUCCUGGUAUUGACACCAUCACAUACAUCGCCUUUGGCCUUGCCAUAAUGUUCUUCCUCCUCGCCGCCUUCGUUGACUGCUGUACGACAAACCGCUUCAAACGUCUGAAAAAGUGA